AGUUGUUGAUAGCUAUUAUAGCAGCCAUCGUUCUUCGCAACCUGGCGAAAAAUUAACGUGUUGAUAACAAAAUAUCCAGGAACAAUGGCUACUGAAAUUGACCAACGCCUUAGAGAUAUACAAAGAGAGUACUUGGAUUUCCUUGACGAUGAUAAUGAUCAGGGAAUAUACCUUCAAAAAGUUCGAGAUAUGGUGUCCAACAGUGAAGUACGCAUCAUUGUCAACAUCAAUGACUUGAGAAGAAAGAAUCCAAAACGAUGCGUACAGUUGCUGAAUGAAUCCUUUGAGGAGCUGGUUUGUUUCCAGCGUGCUCUGAAGGACUUGGUGACAUCUGCAGAUCCAGUGUAUGGCAAACAACAUGAAGAAUUCUUCAUUGGCUUCGAAGGCAGUUUUGGUGAUAAGCACAACACACCCCGCUCCUUGACCAGCAAGUAUCUUGGGAGUAUGGUGUGCGUCGAGGGUAUUGUCACAAAGUGUUCUCUGAUUCGGCCAAAAAUUGUAAGAAGUGUUCAUUACUGUCCUGUCACAAAGAAAACGCUAGAAAGGCGCUACACUGAUAUGACUUCUCUUGAGGCUCAGCCCAGCAGUGGUGUAUACCCCACCAAGGACGAGGACGGCAAUUUGCUGGAAACUGAGUUUGGGCUGUCUGUGUACAAGGACCAUCAAACUUUCAGUAUCCAGGAAAUGCCGGAAAAGGCCCCACCAGGCCAGCUGCCAAGGUCAGUGGAUGUCAUCGCAGAUAAUGACCUCGUUGAUGCCUGCAAGCCCGGCGACAGGGUACAGGUGGUGGGGACGUACAGAUGUUUGCCUGCCAAGAAAAAUGGAUUCACCACUGGCACGUUCAGAACAAUUAUGAUCGCUAACAGCAUCUCACUGCUAUCAAAAGAAGUGGCACCAAUGUUCUCUGCUGAGGAUGUCGCAAAUAUCAAGAAAUUUGGCAAAGACAAAAAACACGAUGUGUUUGAAGUCUUGUCUCGUUCGUUGGCGCCAUCUAUCCAUGGACAUGAAUACAUCAAGAAAGCUGUGUUGUGUAUGCUGUUGGGGGGAACCGAGAAAGUCCUGGCAAAUGGGACACGUCUGAGGGGAGAUAUUAAUGUCCUGUUGAUUGGAGAUCCAUCCGUUGCCAAGUCUCAGAUGUUGAGGUAUGUGCUGCACACUGCCCCUCGUGCAAUCCCAACAACUGGCCGAGGGUCAUCUGGCGUCGGUUUGACGGCAGCUGUGACAACUGAUCAGGAAACAGGUGAAAAGCGACUGGAAGCUGGCGCUAUGGUUCUGGCUGACAGAGGUGUCGUCUGCAUCGAUGAGUUUGACAAGAUGUCUGACAUUGAUCGGACGGCAAUCCACGAGGUCAUGGAACAGGGCCGGGUCACAAUCGCCAAGGCUGGAAUUCACGCUAAGCUGAACGCGAGGUGCAGUGUCCUUGCAGCAGCCAAUCCAGUGUAUGGACGGUAUGACCAGUUCAAGACGCCAAUGGAAAAUAUUGGACUUCAAGAUUCCCUGUUGUCUCGUUUUGACUUGCUCUUUAUUGUGUUGGACAAGAUGGACCCAGAGUCGGAUCGUCAGAUUUCUGAUCAUGUCCUGCGUAUGCAUCGUUACCGUGCCGCAGGGGAACAAGAUGGUGAUGUAUUGCCCAUGGGCAGCAGCACCUUCAUGUUGGCUACUCAGGACCCGGAGGCAGAAGCUGACACCCAAAAAGAGACGCCCAUCUUUGAGAAACGUGAUACAGUUCUGCACGGUCCUGGAAGGAGGGGAGAAAAGAUUGUGAGCAUGCAGUUCAUGAGGAAAUACAUUCACAUCGCCAAGUAUCUCAAGCCUAAGCUCACUAGACCAGCCUCCGACUUCAUUGCAGAAGAGUAUGCCAAACUAAGAAACCAGGACAACUUGACUCAAGACCACAUUGCCAGGACUCAACCUGUGACGGCUCGUGCCCUGGAGACCAUCAUCCGCCUGUCGACCGCCCACGCCAAAGCCAGGCUGAGCAAAUCUGUGGAGCUGGUGGACGCUCAGGCAGCCGUGGAGCUGGUGCAGUUUGCUUACUUUAAAAAGGUUCUGGAGAAAGAGAAGAAGACGAAGAGGAAGUCCCAAGACAGUGAAGGGGAGGAAGAGGAAGAAAGGGAUGAAGAUGAGGAGAACAGUCCACCACGCAAGAAGCAGAGGACCCCACGAGGCAAGCGUCAAGCUCGGAAAGAAGGGGAGGAAGGUUACGACCCCUACGAUAUUGAGGAGAUUGGAGAGGAAGUGGAAGAUCAACCUACACUGGAGGAAGAAAGAAGAAAACGGCGAGCGUCCGGUUCGGCUCCGUCAACUCCACAAGCCCCAGCUUCCACAGAAAUAACUGAUGACAGGUUGAAAGUAUUCCGCACAUCACUGAACCAGCUGUUCAAGAAAGAACGAGCACAGUCGGUAGCUCUCAACUCUGUCAGAGGACAUAUGGCGUCAGAACACGGGGACAGUCCUUUCUCUGAGGAGGAAAUGAUGGCUGCCAUCGACAGAAUGCAGGACGAAAAUCAAGUCAUGCUUUCAGACAACAUUCUGUUUUUGGUGUAGAACAAAGGGGAUUUUUUUUUGGGUGUGUGUUGUUGUUCAGGGA